CCCGAUUUCUCCCCGGCUGCCAGCGACUGAACUGAGCUGAGCGUUUGCGGGCUGCUGGGCAGGCGGUUGCGCUCAGAUUCCAAAUGAAAAUGUUUGAGAACAUUGACUCUACAACUACAAGAUCUGGCCCGGAUCUUUGGGCCGAAAUCUGUUCCUGUCUGCCACAUCCUGACCAAGAGGAUAGUGCCAGCAAUGCUUUCUCAGACUCCUUUAUGGAUUCUUACCCUGCAGGCACAGGCCAGAGGGAGGCCCCAGACUUUGCUGUGCAGCCAGCUGUAAAGCCUUGGGCUCCCCUGCAGGAUUCAGAAGUGUAUUUAGCAUCUCUAGAGAAGAAACUGAGAAGAAUCAAAGGUUUACAUCAGGAAGUGACUUCCAAGGACAUGCUUCGAACCCUGGCCCAAGCAAAGAAGGAAUGCUGGGAUCGGUUCCUACAGGAGAAGUUAGCAUCGGAAUUCUUUGUGGAUGGACUUGAUUCUGAUGAGAGCACCUUGGAACAUUUCAAGAGGUGGCUCCAGCCAGAUAAAGUAGCCAUCAGUACGGAGGAGGUCCAGUAUCUGAUUCCUCCAGAGUCGCAGGUUGAGAAGCCAGUGCCCGGGGACGAGCCAGCAGCAGUGGAACAAUAAAUUACACACACACACGCCCAGCAGCUGUCUUGGGUCCGGAGGGAACAGCAGAGAGCUCGGCGGCGGCAGCAGCAAGGAGAAAUCUAGGGAGGGAAAAAGCCCAGCCUUCCACUCCACCAAGCAAGCAGCUGCGGGCCCCUGAGGACUUGCUGGGGGCUGGCACGUGUGACUGUCUUGGGUAAAGUGACUGACCCAGUGUGUGCUGGAUCAAAAUACCGCCUUCCUCUCUGUCUCACAGCUUGUCUGAGCUCUGUUGCUGCAGGUGAGAAGUCUGCUAAGAACCUAGUGAAGGACCAAGUGUGAAAGUAUUUGGAGAAACUGAUACCCUUGUGUAUAAUGUAUAAGUUAAGUGAGCCAUAUUUUUUCUCGCCUCUUCUGGAUGUUCCCGCCUGUGUUCCAAGCGUUCCCUUGGUAAAUUGUCAGGGAUGCAUGGCACCGAAGAGAGUGAAGUCUGCUUCCUUGAAUCCAAGACCCAUCUGAGGCUUCUCUAACAAGUCCAUAAUAAAUAUAGGGACUUUAGGAAAAAGA